AUGGCGGUUUCAGUCCCGGGCCAUGCGCGGAGAAGCGUGCUGCUUCUGUCUGUGCCGUUUUUCGCGUUGUUCGCGCCUAUCGCAUUUGUGCCUUUUCAAACUCCGGCGGCACCCUUGCGCCACACUGCGCUGGCAGCGCUAGACCCGUCCAGAGACGUCGUCGCCAGUGUGCUUGACCAAGUCGGCCACUUGGAUUCAGACGAUCUGGAACGCUUGGUUGAGGAGCUGCUGCCAACGCUUUUGGCCAAAAAGCGGGUGUUGCGAGAUCGGUGUCGCCCAAAGCGCAUCAUUCUCGUGCGACAUGGUGAGAGCGAGGGCAACAAGGACCGCUCUGCAUAUUCGCAGACUCCAGAUUCUCAGAUUCAGCUGACAAGGCUUGGCAAACUGCAGGGUGAGGCUGCGGGUACGCAAAUACGUACCUUGGAGGCAUUUCUGCGGAAUGACUGGCUUCGCUCCGAUUUGUACUUGUUGACUCCUCCGAAUGCUCUUUCAGGGCUCAUCACGGCUUUGCUGAACGUUUGGGCUCCCAGUGCAAAAUGGCGCACGGUAGACCUAGCAGAGUUGACUGAGGGGCUUCGGGACAUUGUCAAGGGUGAUAUCGAGCAUUCACAGGUACAUCAGGUGAUGGCUCCGAAGACCGCACCGAAGGCGAAGGCCGAUCCAAAGCCCAAGGCGGAAAGCAAGGCAAAGGCCAAGGUGAAGAAGGAGGAGCAGGAGGAUGAGAAGCCCAAGGUUCCUCAGCCCAACAAGGAAGAGUUUGAUGCGAAGUCCGAGAAGAUCCAAGAGGAAAUCCAGAAGCUGCAGGACAAGCAGAAGAAGCUUACCGAGAAGAUUCAGGAGCGAUCCGGCGGCAAGGAAGAGUUCUACGCAAAGAAGGCCGAGCUCCGAGCCCAGCUGGAUGUCAUCACCGACAAGAUCAACGGUCUGAUGGAGAAGAAGGACGAGAUCAACAAGGCUGUGGGCAACAAGCGCGAAGAGGGCCGUGAGAUGCGCUCGCAGCUGAACAGCAUGAAGAAGACCGUGGGCUUUACCAGCCAGCAGGAAAUCAACAACCGUAUCGCCACCAUCGAGUUCCAGCUGUGCACGGAAUCCGUGCCGCUGAAGGAGGAGAAGAAGCUGUUGGCCGAGAUCCAGACGUUGAAGAAGAACCGCUCCAAGGUCGACACCAUGAACACGAUGGAGCAAAACCUGGCGAACUUCGACCCUGGCAUGUCCAUGAAGGAGCAGAAGGAGGCUAUCAACGCUGACAUCUCUCAGUUCCGUGACGAGAAGAAGAAAAUCCAGGACCAGAUGACGGAAUUGUCUGAAGCUCGCAAAACUCAGCUGGGACCCAUCGAGGAAAUCCAGAACGAGCGGAACGCGAUCGGCGACAAGCUCAGAGCAAAGAUCGAGGAACGCAACGCGCUGCGCGAUGAGUACCGCCAACAGGAGCGCGAGUACUGGGCAUACCAGCAGGAGCUCCGCAAAGCCCGCCAGGAGCGCUAUGCAGCGGAGAAAGCCGAGAAGCAGAAGGAGUACGACCUGCGCCGGAAGCAGCGCGAGGCGGAGAAGCUGGAUGAGCAGCCGUAUGUGGCCGAGAUCACGCUCAUUGAGCAGACGAUCAAGUACUGCAAGGGCCUCGUGCAGUCCAAGGUGGAAGAGAAGAAGGACGAGAAGAAGGAGGUUGCCUACAACAACCCGGACGGUGCCGAGAUCCUGCUCCGCAAGGAAGAUCGCGACGAGGAGUUCUACUUCGCCCCUACCAAGGCUGGCAAGAAGGGCAAGGCCAAGAACAAAGGUGGCGACGCAAAGCCCAACAAGAUCACCCACAAUGCCGAGACCUUCCGCCUCUUUGAUCAGCUGAAGCUGGAUGCACCGCUCUCAACGGAUCAGGUGCCAGGCUUGCUGGAAGAGUUGGAGAAGCAGCUUGGAGAGUUCCAGGGCAAGGUCAAGGAAUGGGAAGAGAAGCGCGAGGAGAUGAAGAAGGCUAUUCUCGAGGGCCUCACGGAGAUCGAGCAGAACAAGGCAGCCCGGGAGGCUGACGAGAAGGAAGAGGCCGCGGAGGAGACCAAAGAGGAGGAAAAAGCUGAAGAGACCAAGGACGAGUGA